AUGGCGAUGGCUAAUUUGUACAGUAAGAAAACUACAAAACCCGUUAAAAAAUUACAAGAAAACAUACAAGUUUCGCAAACGAAUGCUUGGGUUAAUGCCGAGAGCUUGAACAAUGGAGGCGCAUCUCUGUCACCCCCUCAUGGUAUUUUACAAAGGGAAACGACACAAAUCACACAACCAGCGUCUGCAACAAGUUCUCCCUUAUCCAGCCCUGGUAUGACAAACACAAAUAAUUUCAAUGUAAAUAAUUCAAAUCAACUCACCACAUUAGAUCCCAAUUGGCAAGCGAGUAAACCUUCUGUACGAGAGAGAAAUGCAGCCAUGUUCAACAAUGAACUCAUGGCAGAUGUUAAAUUCACAGUGGGUUGUCCAGGUCACACGCAAACGAUUCCUGCUCACAAAUAUGUAUUAGCCACUGGUAGUUCAGUAUUUUAUGCAAUGUUUUAUGGUGGUCUUGCUGAAAGCAGCGAAGAAAUUCUAGUACCGGAUGUUGAUCCUUCUGCUUUUCUCAUUCUUCUAAAGUAUCUCUAUUGUGAUGAAAUUCAAUUGGAAGCUGAUACCAUAUUGUCAACAUUGUAUGCUGCUAAAAAAUACAUUGUUCCACAUUUGGCCAAAGCAUGUGUGAACUAUCUUGAAACUAGUCUAACUGCCAAAAAUGCUUGCAUGCUAUUGAGUCAAUCGAGACUUUUCGAAGAGCCUGAUUUGAUGCAAAGGUGUUGGGAAGUCAUCGAUGCGCAGGCUGAAAUGGCACUGAAAGCGGAUUGUUUCGUAGACAUUGACAUACACACGUUAGAAUCCGUUUUAUCGAGAGAAACUCUCAAUUGUAAAGAAAUACAUUUGUUCGAUGCGGCUCUCAAUUGGGCGACGGCCGAAUGUUUUCGGUUGGAUUUAGAGCCCACGCCGCAAAACAAGAGAAACGUUUUAGGAAGUGCUCUCUACCUGAUAAGAAUACCCACAAUGAGCCUAGAAGAAUUUGCCAAUGGGGCCGCUCAGCAAGGUAUUCUCACGCCACAAGAAACCAUAGACAUAUUUUUAAAUUUUACCGCCGAUUAUAAACCGCUAUUGAACUAUCCCAUAAGAGAGAGAACCGGUCUUAGACCUCAGGUAUGUCAUAGGUUUCAAUCUUGCGCGUAUAGGAAUAAUCAAUGGCGCUACCGGGGCCGAUGUGAUAGCAUACAAUUUUCCGUCGACAAAAGGAUAUUCGUCGUCGGAUUCGGUUUUUACGGGUCUUCCAGCGGAGCCGCGCCUUACAACGUCAAAAUCGAACUCAAGAGAUUGGGUCGAAUACUCGCCGAGUACAACACGAAUUUCUUUUCGGACGGUUCGAGCAACACGUUUCACGUCUACUUCGAAAACCCGAUACAAAUCGAACCCGAAUCCUUUUACACGGCGUCCGCCAUAUUGGACGGCGGAGAACUGAGUUAUUUCGGACAGGAGGGACUCAGCGAAGUCACCGUCGGAUGCGUCACGUUUCAAUUUCAAAGCUCGAGCGAAAGCACCAACGGAACGGGAGUUCAGGGAGGACAAAUACCCGAACUCAUUUUUUACGGUCCCACACCUCCGGCCGAAGAACUCUGA